ACGAACAGGGCUUCAUUUUUAUGCCUUUAUAUUUUCUCAUACAAACCUUCCUUUAUUCUCACUCUGUAGAAAGAAACUCUCCCAAAAAAACUGCUUCUCGCCUCGCCACCCAUCACUUUCUCGAAUUUUGCAGCCCCUUUUUCUCCGGCCUGACGCUCUAUAACUCUUUCCAAAUCGGCCCAUUUACGAUCCGAUCUGCCGCCUUCUUUUUUUCUCGCAAUCGAUCUUUGUCCUUACUGAUGCCAGUUGCAAAACUCAAGAAUUCUAACUAUCCAGAUGUGAUGAAAUCGGAGGAGGGAAAUGAUUCUCUAGACACUAUUAUUAGACAGGCAAUUGGCAAAGAGCCUUUUCUUUCUUUCUCAAGAGCUGGUGAGAGCCCAGUCCAGUGGAUUCAACUACUUCAUGCUCUAGAUCAUCAUGAACUCCCAGGUUGGCCCUUGCUAUCUCCUUUAAAGGUUCAAAUGCAGAAGUGUGACAAGUGUCUCCUGGAAUUUUUCUCGUUUAUCAACUAUAGAAGACAUAUACGAGUGUAUCAUAGGAUGAAAAAGCCUGAUAAGGAUUCUGCCAAAACUAGGGAUUUACUAGCAGCAUUUUGGGACAAGCUAUCCUGGGAAGAGACGAAGGAGGCUGUAUCAUUUAAAAAUGUCUCAAUUGAGGGAAUGCAAGGGUCAGCCGUUAUCAAGAACCUGACGGCCAUUAUUGGAAAACCGAGAUUUUCUGCCCUACCACAUGUUUAUUUGAGGGCAGGUUCUGCCCUUUUGGACAUUGUACAAGGUAGACCGUCUAGGUUUCCCCUCUCUUCGCAGGAGCUAUUUGAAAUUCUUGACAAUGCAAGUGAAAAAACAUUCCUAUGUGGAACUUCUUUCUCUAUGCAAAAAUAUAUAUUUGAUGGCGGGACUGUAAAGAUCGGUCUUGAAACUAAAAACUUAGUUGCUUGCAUGAGCUUCUUGUUGGAAGAGAAAUUGGUCAAAACAUGGCUUGCUGACAAGGAUGCUGAAGCUUUGAGGUGUCAGAAGUUGCUGGUAGAGGAGGAAGAAGCUGCUCAAAGGAGACAAGCGGAGCUGUUGGAAAGAAAAAAGCAGAAGAAGCUAAGGCAGAAAGAACAAAGGUCAAAGGAGCAAAAACGCGAAGAGAAGGCUGAUAUGGAAGCGAGUGUAAAUGAAACAAUUGAAGACGUGUUACCUGAAGAAUCAUCUAGCCCUCAAACUGAAUGCCACUCAGAAGGGGACUCUCUGAGCAUAUUGGCUGAUCACAUGCCAUCAUCUAUUGAAACAUCUCAACAAUCUCUAACUGAUGAAGACGAAGAUUCUGAGUCUUGUUUUGGGUCUCACAGUGGCUACCCUGAACAUCUUCCUAUUGAUCACAAUGGUGAACGGCAGAAAAUACAAAUGAAUGGCCAUAAGCAUGUAAUUGCUCAGUGGCAGGCAUUGCCUAAGACGCAAAGGGGACUUUCUAACGGUUAUCAUGCAGAACAGAAUUAUCAGGGACACAAAAAUGGAGAUAUGCGAAGGCAUGGAAACCAUGUGCUUUCAAGGGCUGCGCCCAUGGCUAAUGGGAAAAAAGUAUGGAGCCGGAAGCCCAAACCAGAAAGAGAUGGAGGCCGUUACCAAGCCAGGAUUCUUGAAGAGACAACGGCCCAAGCGGAGGAAAUUAAGAGCCAUGAGGUUUUGAUUGGUUCUAUUUCAGUGGCACUAGGAAAUUGCAACCAAGAGAGUAAAAAUCCAGUUGGAGCUCCAGAUGAUUGCCAGGAUGGUCAUCAAACGCCUAAGAAGAUUAAUAAUCAUGUUCAGAAGUUCAUUAAGCCAGACUCUGUUCAAACUGCAACAAAUCGGGUGAUGGUUAAGCUUUGGAGGCCAGUUGGUCGUAAUGGAACCAAAUAUGCAAUGCUAGAGCAAAGUGACAAUGAAGAAUCUGAAGCUGAAGGGAUAACUGAAAAGCUAGAAGAUGAGGCGCUGCUGAAUACAUAUUCUCCACGAUCCUCUUCCUUGGAUGGUGACAAUGGGGACUUCGGAAACAACAACUCUUUGAUCCAGGAAGAGCCUGCGCAAUCAGUUGGCCUGGAGUUCUCUAGUCGUGCUGCAAAAGCUUUCCUUGCACAGAGGUGGAAGGAGGCUAUAACAGCCGACCACGUCAAAUUGAAUCUACCCUCCGAUUCUGAGUCUUCUCGAUGCUCUGAAAUUCAAAAUGACACAGAAACUUCUGCAUUUCAAUUGUCCAACUUUGACAGACGCAAUGUUCUUGGCAAUGCGAUGUCAAUUAAUGUCGACCCUCCCAAGUCGUCCUCAGCCAAUGAAGCCGGCAAGUCCAAGUUCAGGACAAAAUUUGAAAAGGGUGCGAAGAUAAAGUACAUUCCCAAACUUCCAACCACUACCUGACCUGAGAGUAUGGGAUCUAACCCACGAGUUGUUUUUUUUACAUUCUUUGCAGAGCCAAUUUUACCAAUGGUCUUCUGUCUUGGAAGUUGAAGUUUUUUCCCCUCUUUUUUUUUUCCUUUCCUGGGAAAUCUUUUAUGAUUCUGUCCUUUGUGUCAGGCUGCUACAGAAGAUUUGUUAGCGAGGAAAAUUCCUUAUUUUUUUUGGUAUAAUUUCUAGAUUUUCGUGUAAUAUUUUUGUUAUUAGUUAUAAAAAGUGCAGCUCUAUUUUGGCC